AUGGGCUGGGAGCAACUCCUCUUUGACUCAUUCAGGCUGGGUGCGACUCCUCUUGAAUUGAUUAUUGUUGGCCCUGCAGGCGUGUGGAUUGAUGAGAACUCCACCAUAUCGCUGACGUGCGGUGCAGGACUGCCCCCAAGCGUCGUGGCAACCUGGACGCACGACACUGUCGCCUUGGCAACCGAGAACCGAGUGCAGGUAUCGCGCGAUGCGUUGACGAUUGAACGCGCCGCGCCGCAAGAUGCCGGUGUCUAUCAGUGCGUUGCCACGGAGAUUGGCCCGCAGGAUGGGAGGCCAGUACAAGUAGUGAAAACGCACACUGUCUUUAUUUCAUUUCCUCCGCGCCUGCCAGCAGCGGAAACAUCAUCACUCACCGCAGCAGCCGCAUCAGCAGCCACAGCAGCGGGGGCGGUGAUGGAGAUAUCCACCAAGCUGCUAUCCAGUGUUGCACUGGUCACCAGCAUCCAGGCGCCAUCCGAUGCCCUCAUCACGUGGGACAAGGACGGCGUGACCGUCGCCCGCGGCAACCCUGCCACGGCGACUACAUUGCCGGCGGCACCGGGCGUGUACCGGUUGUACAGGCUGUCCGUGGACGCGAGGACCCUGCGGAUAUGCGCAGCUCAGCGUAGCGAUGCGGGUAGAUUCCGCGUAACCGUGACGCAUCGCCUUGGCAAUGCCACGCAAGAGUUCAUUCUGGAGGUUCACGGUCUGGACGGUGCGCAAUCCUCCAGCGCCGAGUCACGCCCGUACCUCGUCGGAGUGAUCAUCGCGGCCGUGGUCGUCGGCAUCAUGCUCAUUGUGCUCGUCCUCGUCGUUGCACUGCUCAACCAACGACGCAGCAGUAGCAAGGGACACAAUCUUGAUCGCGUUCGUAACGGCGGCCGAUGCGGUGGCGGCAGCAAUGGUUACUACGGAAACGCGUUGGUGCCGACGGACGGUCAUGCCGAGAACGGUGGUGUAAUAACUGACCUGGACUCGCAGCAGAGCAUGCACAGCGGCGCUGGCGGCGGCGGAGACUGUGCUAACGUAUUCCGCAGCACAUUGUCAUCUUCGUCGUCGUCGGAGUGCAGGCCAAGUGCGCCGCGGCGCAUGGAGUCGCUACAGUACCUUGUCGCCGACCCGCACGUGGCCGAGCACAACGUAUAGCGCAGACCAGGUGUGCAGUGCAGUGUGCUAGCUGGUAUUGUCACUGUUUAGUGUUUACUCCACAAUUCUUUGUGGACUGUGGUCAGAGUUCUUUAAAUUGUUUUUAAGUCGCACCGCCAUUUCUAUGAUGGCGGUGAUGGUUAACAUGGGGGUUAACGAGGGGGGGGG